ACACCGGUUAUAAAUAGAGCUUCAAAGAUUUCUGAUUCAUGUCACCCCUUGGCCCUAAACCUUAUUAGCAUUAAUGAUGAAGAGUUCAAACAACUUCAAGGCUGAUUCUCUGCUUUUGAUCAGCUUGCUGCUUUGUUUAGGUGUGAGAUCCCAACUAACAACUGAUUUCUACUCGGAAACAUGCCCGACUCUUCUUUCGAUCGUCCGAAAACAAGUUCAAAAUGCGAUCAAGACGGAGAUAAGAAUGGCGGCCUCUCUGCUCCGGCUUCAUUUCCAUGAUUGCUUUGUGAAUGGCUGCGAUGCAUCGGUUUUGUUGGACGGAGACAACACGACCGAGAAGUUCGCUCUUGCUAACGUAAACUCGGCGAGGGGAUUUGAAGUUGUUGAUGCGAUAAAAAGUGCCAUAGAGAGCUCGUGCAGCGGAGUUGUAUCGUGUGCUGAUAUAUUAGCCAUCGCUGCUCGUGACUCUGUUGUCUUAAGUGGAGGACCGACAUGGAGAGUCUUAUUAGGAAGGAGAGACGGAACGGCUUCGAGCGCGACGCAAGCGAAUGCGACGCUUCCUUCUCCAUUUGAGGCACUGGAUGAAAUCAUUCAAAAGUACACCAAUGUUGGCCUGAACGUAACUGAUGUAGUGUCAUUAUCAGGCGGUCACACAAUCGGAUUAGCAAAGUGUUCCACCUUCAACAACAGGCUAUUCAACUUCUCGGGAACCGGUGCGCCCGACGGUACGAUGGAGGUGAGCAUGUUAUCGGAUCUGAAAAGCUUCUGUCCGGCUAACGGUGACAGCAACAGGUUCACCGUGCUCGAUAGGAACUCGACUGAUCUAUUCGACAACCAUUAUUUCAAGAACUUGGUGGAUGGGAAGGGGUUAUUAGGUUCUGAUCAGAUAUUAUAUUCCAGUGAUUCGGCCGUUUCGACGACUAAAAGCCUCGUCGAAAGCUACAGCAAGGAUUCGAAACUGUUCUUCAAUGACUUUGCCAACUCCAUGAUCAAGAUGGGGAACAUAAGUCCACUUACAGGGUCUAAUGGAGAGAUUAGGAAGAACUGCAGAGCUGUUAAUUCUUAGUUUGCAGUUUAAUAGUAACAGGGUUUGAUCAAAUAAAAAAGAAUCAUACUUAAAUUUGGUGUUGAUGGAAGAAC